UUAUCUAGAUGUGCACACAUAUUUACACAACUCUGGCAUUUAAAGGGUAGUUAUGGCGUAUACAGAGCUUGUUGCCGUCUUACUAGUAACCACAAUGACAGUGAAACUUUCAGCGGAAUUUAAUGUCAACAUUACCCCAUCCCCAGUUGCCAUGGUGACAAAUGGGUCUAUGCUGUGGUUGACCUGCACGUUUGACCUUGAAGGAGGGACACUGGGGCAGUUACUCUGGAAAUAUCAAGAUGGCGGAAUUGCAGGCAGUGUCACGCCUACAGCCUCAACUCCGUGUUCCACAUUUUCACACGAGAGCUACAUUUUAGACUGUAACCAGUUGGAAUCGAAUGAAGUCAGGCUGGGAAUCCGCGACCCUGGACACGGUGAUACAUACAACUGUAGUGUAUAUCUAUCAAACUACACGCUGAUAGGUCCAGUGUCAACACAAGUGUUUGUUGUAGUGCCUGUGGCCAGCAUAGAAUUACAACCAUCUGCUCAACCUUUCCUUGAUCUGACGGAAAAUCUGACGACUACCCUGACGUGUGUGACCAGUAAUUGCAGACCAUUCGCCAGCGUGUUCUGGUCAGUUGGAGGUGUUAACUACACAUCAUACAGUGUGUCCACUGUCCGAAAGUGUACCUGGCGACCUAUAUUCCACCAACAGCACACUGACAUUUAUUCCUCAGAGACAUAUGACAAGACAAAUACUAGCGUGUUACGCCUCCAACACAGACGUACAGAUCCUAGCAACACAGCGACCAGUUCUCAACGUGCGGCAUCGCCCUGAAAUAUCGAUAUUUCCUGCCGAUGACCCAUACGUUGUCACUGAAGGUCAGACAAAUGUGACCUUGAGAUGUGUCGUGACCUCUGCGAAUCCAUUCGUCACUUCUCUAGGCUGGAAAAAAGCGGAUACAACAGUUGCAAAUAUCGGCGUGUUCAAAUUUCCCGCAAUUACUGCGGAGCAUGCUGGGGUAUAUACCUGUUCUGCAUUCAAUGGAGUUGGUAUUGCGUCGACAAUAUCUGUAACAUUGACCAUUUUAACGUCACCAACAUCUCCAAAUAUUGUUGGAUUUACGGAAGUGACGUCAUCAACACUGACGGUGGAAUGGACGCCUAAUGCUCAAGGAGAUAUGGCUAGUGUUUUCAACAUUACACACGGGUGUAGAGGCUGCGCAAUGAUUGAGUCAAGCUCCGUUAACCUGACUGAAAAAGGCAUAUAUUCCUCCACCUUAACUAACUUGGUCCCUCAAUCACAGUACUACGUCAACAUCACAGCAAUCAAUAUGGCGGGUCCCAGCAGUCCAUUGGAACUGAUAGUGUCAACACCAGCGGAUACUUGCCGUUUCCCAUUGGAAGUGACGAGUCCCUCGUCGACUGCUUUGUUAGUAGUUGGUGUGAUUCUGAUAACCAUAUCAGUGGCUGUUUUGGGAAUUUCAAUCUUCGUCUACAGAAAAUCGAGUUCUUUUUCUCGAUCGAAGAAUAGAAAAGAAAAUCCUCCAAAACCCGUCACAUUUAGCAACGUGCAGCAGUCAACGGAAGAUACACAACAAGAAAGUGUGAAUGAAAGGGCUGACUACCAGGAGCUAGAUCCGAGUGAUAUAAACCGACCAUCUCCAUACGAAUGUCUUCCAGAAGGUAAAGGAGAGGGAACUGAAAAUAUCAGAGAUCACUACGAAUCGGUCAAGGUACACACAACACAUGAUUACCUAAAACUAGUACACGAUAAAGAUUCCUCUCAAUAUGCAAAUACCUGAAGAAGAACGUUAAAGAACUAACUAGAACAGGGACAGAGACAGCAAACCAAUCACUGAGGCGGCUGAAUUUUCUUUUCCAAAAGUCUAGUGGUAUCAGAAGUGUGCUAUAUAUUGUUACUAUUCCUGAACUGCGCAUAUUUGUGGAACGGAGUUCAUUUUCAAUAAAGGCCGAUGUGAGAGCUUUAUCAAA